UUGCGUGAAUGGCUAAAGAGCAACAUCGCGAGCGACGCGACGAGUGCAAUUUAUAAAUAACAAUAAUUUAGGCAUAAGUUAAUAAUAAAUAGUAGUAGUGUGUUUACACAAAAGUGAUGACGGCAAGAGAGAACGAGGUGCAGCUUUUCAACCGGGGCGAAAGAGUCCUGUGCUACGAACCCGACGAAUCGAAGGCGAGGGUUUUGUACGUCAGUAAGGUAUUGGCCGUGUAUGAGCAAAGAGACGAGGCAAAUUACACGUACUUUGAAUACAAAAUUCAUUUUCAAGGCUGGAGCUCAAGCUGGGAUCGAAAUGUGCGCGCCUCCGGUCUUUUAAAAGACAACGAAGAGAAUCGCAAACUUCAGCGUGAACUGGCAGAAGCCGCGCAGCUACAAAAAAGUGGCGGCUACUCAUAUAAAGACACUAAGACACCCACUUUGCCGGCAAGUAAAAAGCAACGAUUGACGCGAGGUGGUGCUGGUAAUCUCGAGGAUUCGCUUGGUGAUCCUCUGGACAUAUCCCAGGAUUUUUCACAUAAAAACGCGCGCUCUCGAGAGAACAGUGGGAAUCGAGCACGCGAUUCGAGCGGUGGUCGGAAAGCGGACAAAACCGGCGCAGCAGCAGGUGCAGCAGAUGCCAGCGGAAUGAGGGAGACACGGAAAGCAGCACGCGGCGGUGGUCGCAAAGGUGGCAAGUCGAUUUUCAGCAUGCGCACGCCACAGAAAGAGUCAGCGAACAACAUGACGAUGGAUGAGGAUAAGUUUAUCAAUCAGGAUGAUCGUGUGAUGCUGCGCAUUAGUGAACGAUUACGCGGUUACAUGGAGUAUGAUUACAACAUGGUCUGUAUGCUGGGCAAGCAGCAUGCGCUGCCCGCUCGCAUGCCCCUUGUGACCAUACUUGAGAACUUUGUGAAGCAGCGCGCUGUGGAGCUGGCGAUUAGCAUCAAACAGGACAGUUCACGGGGUCGCGUCACGACCAGUCGAAAUGCGCGCAUGGAGCGUGAAUACGAUCGUGUAAUGUCCAUUGUUUGCAUGCUGAAGGAAGUUGUUGACGGAUUGCGCAUCUAUUUCGAGUUUCAUCUUGAGGAUCACCUGCUCUAUAAGGAGGAGAAAGACUAUGUACACAGGCAUUUAACCGAUGACAAUUUAAAGAACUGCAGCAUCAUGCUGAACAACGCUGCUGUCUAUGUCAAUGCCGAUGCGGAGUUGAUUACGCAGAGUGCGAUAGUGAAUGGCGAUGACGAGAAUGAGCAUGUUUUUGGCGGCGUUGAGUACAAGAAGCAGCGAGAUAAAUACCUCGAGUACAUUGUUAAUAACAGUGGCAAGAAUAGCAUGGCUCUCGCCUACGAUGAACGCAACUCACCUUAUAAGGCAGCCGACAAGCUGCCUUUCGAAAUGUACGGCUUUCUCUGUGAGACCUUCAACUGGAGAUUGUUGUCCGCAGAAUCGCGGCCUGAGAAAUCCAUGAUGUUUGGCGCACCGCAUCUGGCGCGUUUAUUGGUUAAGUUGCCUGAAUAUCUGAAUGUUUCGCCCAUAUCCAAUGAAAAGCUGGAAGAUCUGCUAAAACAUUUAAACUCAUUCAUCAAUUAUUUAGAGAACCAUGAGGAAUGGUUUGAUAAGGAGAACUAUGUACAUCCAGCUGUGAACCAGGAACAGCUGCAACAGGAGCUGCUCGAAUCUCUAGAGUAGUCAAGCAGAGAUUUCAAGUCUGGUAGUUUUAGAUAGUUGUUAAGCUACUGCCAGGGGAAAGUAAAAGAGAAAGUCUUUUAUAAAGUCGAUUAGAUUUUAAGAUUUUUUUUUAUUAUUGUAUUUUAUUUAUUAUGCAUUUUUAAAGCUUGCUUUUUUGUUUGUAUUUUUUUUAGAAUUGUAGUUGUCAUUUUGUUCAGUAUCAAUAUCAAUACGUAUACUUUUAUCAAUUAACAAUAAUGUUUUAUGAUUUUGGUUUUCAUUUGCAUUUUGUUUUAACUACACAAGUUGUAAAUAACGCGCUGUCUAUAAAAAAACCUACACAUGUAUAAUCGAAUAAUGUCUAAAGCUAAUUGUUAAUGUUAAUAUAUGGAAAAGACAAUUGUAACUUUUUUUUUCAUUUUUUUUUUGUGUGUUCUCCUAAGACCUAAGUUAGAGUUGAAUAGUUUAACGUCUAGUAUUUUGUCUUUAAUAUCUUUUUUUUUUGUAAAUGUGUAUUUUGUGCUCAAAUAUAUUAAGAAUUUUCAACGA